ACAAAGUAGUCGAGUAUUUUUCUACUCUCUCUCUCUCUCUACAUAAUAAUACUCUGUCUGAGACUGAGCUAGAGAGAUAGAUAUGAGUCUAACUUUAUAAGACUAGCGGUAGACUCGGAUCCUGUCUCCUUUCACUUCACACCAAAAAUUAAAAAACUCAUUUCUUCUUCUUCACACCCUUCUCUCUCUCUCUCUCAACUCAGAAGUAAAAAUAAUAAACAAGAUAUGAACAACACUAACCCAUAUGGUUUACCGGAAGAUCUCCGCCGGUUAAUAUCAUCAUCAUCAUCAUCAAGAAACACCAAUACACAACAUCUAUCUGCAGCAGAACCACCGUGUCAAUACGGUGGUUCUGCUUCUGGUUCUUUUCCACCACCACCACAAAAUUACUGCUAUGACCCUCCUCCUAUCAUUGUUGGUGAUGUUUUCUACCCUCGUAGUAGUAACAACACCUUCCCUCAUAACUAUGACUACUCUUCUACUGUUAACCCUACUACAACUAUUUCUACUGCUAAUUCAGAUCAUGCUACUGCUUCUGCUUCAGCAUUUUGUGUUGGUUUAGAAACUUGUUCUAUAGAUAUUAAUAAUAAAGGAUGGUUUGGUAAUUUUGAUUCUUCUAACAAUAGAUGGCCUAGACAAGAAACUCUUUCUCUUCUUGAAAUCAGAUCUCGUCUUGAUUCUAAGUUCAGAGAGAAUAAUCAAAAAGCACCCUUAUGGAAUGAAAUUUCUAGGAUAAUGGCUGAGGAAUUUGGGUACCAAAGAAGUGGAAAGAAAUGCAAAGAAAAGUUUGAGAAUUUGUACAAGUAUUACAAGAAAACCAAGGAAGGUAAAGCUAGUAGACAAGAUGGUAAACACUAUAGAUUCUUCAGACAGCUUGAAGCAAUAUGUGGAGAAGCCUCAACUUCAGACAAAAAUACACCUCAUGUUGAUGCUGUUGUUGCUACUCAAACUCCAAAUUUCACAAUCAACCAAGAAAAUAUCAAUGGUGUAGUUGAUCAUAAUUUGAUCAAUAACCUCAAGUACUCGGAGAGUCUAAGUUUCUCGAAUUCAUCUGAAUUCGAGACAUCUUCAUCUGAAAACAAUGACGAGGAUCUCUCGGCCAUUGCACACACGAUGAAGACAUCAAAGCAGAAAGGGGUGGAUAAAAGUGAUAGGAGGGGGAGGAAAAGUUGGAGAGGUAAAGUGGAGGAGAUUGUUGAUUCUCAUAUGAAGAAGAUUAUAGAGACUCAAGAUGCUUGGAUGGAGAGAAUGUUAAGUGUUGUUGAACAAAGAGAACAAGAGAUGGCUUUAAGAGAAGAAGAAAGGAAGAGAAAAGAGUCAAUGAGGUUUGAUCAAGAAAUACAUGAACUUUGGGCUAAAGAAAAAGCUUGGGUUGAAGCAAGAGAUUCAGCAUUGUUAGAAGUUGUAAGAAAACACAUUGGAGUUGAAGCAUCAAGUAAGAAUGAAAGUAAUACAAAUUAUGAACACCCUUUUGGAAAUGUGGAUCAUGGAUGGACAGAAAUGGAGAUUUCAAGUUUGAUACAAUUAAGGACUAGUUUUGAACAUCAAGUAAGAGAAAAAGGGUAUUUGGAUGAUUGUGUUUGGGAUGAAAUAGGUGAAAAAAUGGUGUAUAUGGGAUUUAAUAGGAAUGGUGUUGAGUGCAAGAAAAUAUGGGAUGAGAUUAGUAUGUCUCUAAGAAGGUCAGUGGAUUGUGGAGUCAAAAUUACAAGACCUUGGUGUUUGGGACUUAAGGUGACAGAUGAUGAUGACCUUUGAAACAUAUGCAUGCAUAUCAGAGUUUUUGGGUUCUGAGCAUGAAAAAGGGUGAUUAUUAACUUGCAAAUUUGGCCUAUUUUAAAAUCACAAGGUGUAAGACUAUGAGUAUCUUUUGUAUGUUUUCAAUUAUGUUAUGUAUUCACUGUAAUUUUAUAGAAGCUAUAUAGUGUAGUUUUUACAAAAUUACGGUGAAUACUGUGAUUUUAAAAUACUCACCGUUAUAUUAAACAUAAGUUAUAUAAUUAUAGGCCAAUUGUUUUAAGUCUAAAUUCUAAACUCAUCAAGUUAUUAUAUUGGUGACUGUUUGAUUAAGAACGGAUACGAUAAAUUUUAAAUUUUAAGGUUGAAAUUUCAUUUCUUUAAAAAUAAAAUAUCUACUUGAGAUAUGCAAUGUUUCAUCUUAAUACAACAAUCACCAAUGUAGUAAUGGCUAGAAUGCCAAAUUUUGACUACAGGGAAAAAUUCAAUUUGCAAGUGUGUCAUAAGCAAGCUCAUUGGCAUUUAUUGUUUAUUUUUAUUGACAUCAAAUGCUUGAUCAGUUUGUUAAUUAUGAAUUAUAUAUCUCUAAGUUCGGAUGUUUGAAUUGUUUAUUAUUUAUGUAUGUGAUUUUGUAACAUACUAUAUGGCCAUAUUUUUAUCAAAUUUUCAGUUUGACAGAACUAUAAUGUGUACUUGUAAUUUUGAUAGAAAAUUCUAAAACUUGAACAAAAUCAAA